AGCAGCAGCAAUAACAGCCACGGCAGCAGCAGUAGUAGCAGCCACUUCCGGCCUCUCUCAUUUCACCCUUUAACAUUCUCCAUCUCAGCUGUGGCUUUUCUUUCUCUCUCUCCCUUUUAACUCAAUUGGAAAGGUCUGACCGGAGGUUAUUCGGUUGACAACACUUACACACACACACACACACACACAUACACAAUAUAUAUACAUACAUACGUAUUUAUAUAGCCAACACACAUUCAUACAUACACAUAUAUCUCUACACUCACAACUGAUAUUUAAAUUGAGAGGCAGGGCGGCUUAUAUAUACAUACGUAUUUAUAUAUAUAUUAUAUAGAUUGCUGUGUAUAUAUAAUUAUAUAUCAUUUACUAUAUACACAAAAGAAGUAGAAAAAUGACCACUCAGGGACACAGUAAGAAACGAAUAUGUUACUAUUAUGAUGGUGACAUUGGCAAUUACUAUUAUGGGCAGGGACAUCCGAUGAAACCUCACCGUAUACGCAUGACCCACAACCUGAUUCUCAAUUAUGGCCUCUAUAGAAAAAUGGAAAUAUAUAGACCCCACAAGGCAAUCCAGGAAGAAAUGACAAAAUUCCACAGCGAUGAUUACAUCAAAUUUUUAAGAAGCAUUCGACCAGACAAUAUGUCUGAAUAUAACAAACAGAUGCAACGCUUCAAUGUCGGAGAAGAUUGUCCUGUAUUUGAUGGCAUGUAUGAGUUCUGUCAGCUGUCCACUGGUGGAUCUGUUGCGGGUGCAGUCAAACUGAACAAACAAGCUGCAGAUAUUGCAGUCAACUGGGCAGGAGGUUUGCAUCAUGCGAAAAAAUCUGAAGCAUCUGGUUUCUGUUAUGUGAAUGAUAUCGUCCUGGCCAUCCUGGAGUUGCUGAAGUAUCACCAGAGAGUUCUGUACGCUGAUAUUGACAUUCAUCACGGCGACGGUGUUGAAGAGGCUUUUUACACCACAGACAGAGUGAUGACUGUGUCUUUCCAUAAAUAUGGAGAGUACUUCCCUGGAACUGGAGACCUCCGCGACAUUGGUGCUGGUAAAGGUAAAUAUUACGCAGUGAACUUCCCACUUCGAGACGGUAUCGAUGAUGAGUCCUACGAAUCUAUUUUUAAACCUGUUAUCAAUAAAGUAAUGGAGAUGUACCAACCAAGUGCCAUUGUGUUGCAAUGUGGGGCAGAUUCUUUGUCAGGAGAUCGUCUGGGUUGUUUUAACCUCACCUUAAAAGGUCAUGGUAAAUGCGUGGAAUUUAUGAAGCAGUGGAAUUUACCGUUGUUAAUGUUGGGUGGUGGUGGCUACACCAUCCGGAACGUUGCUCGGUGUUGGACUCAUGAGACUUCUAUUGCACUUAACUGUGAAAUUGCCAAUGAGUUACCAUACAACGAUUAUUUUGAGUAUUAUGGCCCUGAUUUCAAACUCCAUAUCAGCCCUUCCAAUAUGGCCAACCAGAAUACAGCUGAAUAUCUGGAGAAGAUAAAAUCACGCUUAUAUGAAAACUUGAGAAUGCUCCCCCAUGCCCCUGGAGUCCAAAUGCAAGCAAUUCCAGAUGAUGCUGUUAACGAAGACAGUGAUGAUGAAGACAAAGAAAAUCCUGAUGAGAGAAUUUCUAUAAGGGCAAGUGACAAAAGGAUCGUGAGGGACGAAGAAUUAUCUGAUAGCGAAGAUGAAGGUGAAGGAAGACGAGACCGAAUGAACUACAAGCCAAAAGCCAAGCGUCCUCGUACGGAUGAAGAGAGGAAAGAAGAUAUGGACCUAAGUAAAGCAGAAGGAAUGUCCAUGGAUGGAAGGGACAGUGAUGCUGGACGGAUGGAGCACUGAAGAUACGCCCAGGCGGACAAACGGACGAGCUAUUUAUCCACAACCACCACCACCACCAUCAC